UAUCUGUAUCUAACGGAGGGGUGGGUGCGCGCAGGUGAGAGCGUGUGAACUCGCUGAAAUGCGUGUGUCAGUGUGACUUGAGAACACUGACUAUAGAUCACAGUCAGGUGGAUUAAAAAUCUUAAACUUAUGAUUGACUACACCUGUUGCUUUCCAUUGAAUUAAAAAAACAACUUUCUCUCAGAUAAAGUUAAUAAUAUAUCUUUCUUAAAGAAAAAAACUUGUAAUUCUCAGGGACCCAGUCUUAUUUUUCAUGUUUAACUGUUAUAGUAGGAUAGAGUUCAGUUUGUUAAGGCUUUAAUUGUUCCUAUUUUUUUUUUUUUUUUUUUUUUUUUUUUUUUUUUGCACGUUGCAGUUUUAAUAGUGCACACUGUUGCUACCAAAAAAGUCACUAGAUGGCAUUACCAUAUAUAUAUUAAUAAAUAAUAAUAAUAAUAAUAAUAAAUAAUAUAUUAUUUAAAUUUUAUGAGGCAUAAAAUAAUAAAAUGUAAAUAUAUAAUAAAAAAGAAAAUCGAGAAUUGAAUCGAAUCGUGACCCUCAAAUCGGAAAUAAAAUCGAAUCGAGGAUUUAGAGAAUCGUGACACCCCUAGUGCUCAAGUACGAAUAUUUGACUACCACUCCAUUCACUACUUGAAUAAGUAUACAUAUUAAUCAGAUUUGUUCGUGCCUACAUUCUAACUUGUUUUGUCAAAUAAUUCUAAACUUCCCUUUUCAUCAGUUGAUCUUUGAUUUGAGUGAAAACUGAUUAAAUAAAAACACUAAUGCAGUUUGCUGUAGUUUUGUUAUAAAAAUGUAAUAUUAUUCAUGUGUCUGUUCAUGUGUGAUGUAGAUUACAUGCCUAUUAGGUUGAGAGGAGGAGAGGAAAUCUGUUCUGGGAGGUUGGAGGUGUAUUAUAAUGCUGAGUGGGGGUCUAUAUGUGCUGAUCUGUGGGACAUCAGGGAUGCUCAGGUGGUCUGCAGGCAGCUGGGUUGUGGGCCGGCGCUGAGUGCUAAUAGAAGAGCUGUUGAUGGUUCUGGUGGAGGAACUAUCUGGAUGAACAGAGUGAAGUGUAGAGGGAAUGAGAUUCACCUGUGGGACUGUCCUCAUUCCCUGAAGAACCACACUGACUGCUCCCACAGUGCUGGAGUCACCUGUGCAGACAUAUUUGUCACAUUACCUUUUUCAUCUGAAACAACUACAACUUACACCACAGUACCAGCACAGCUAACAGAGAAAAAGACAGUCCCUCCUUCAAAAAAUCCAUCAUCUAAUUUUCCAUACAUCUAUCCAGUGUCUCUCCUGGUUCUGGGAUCUGUGCUCUUCCUGGCCUUAGUGCUUCUGGUUGUGCUGUUUUAUCAGAACAGAGUGCUCAGGAGAGUGAUUUCUAAGGCGAGGAGGAAGACUCUGCUUGAGGCAGUCUAUGAAGAGAUUAACCAUAAAUGUGUCACUAAUAGAUAUACUAAAAGAGGUAAAUUAUAUGUAGAGAGUUUCACUGAAGGCAGUCUUCACACAGUAUGUAAAGUGGAUCUAAGGUCAGAUAUCAAAUAGCAAUUCUGAGUGUUU